AUGCUCGCGCCUCGUGCUUCCAGUGCAUUGGCAUGCCUCCGAUGUGACCUCGAGCUCAAGCUCCAGCUCCAGCUCGGCCUGGGCCGUCCAACGCCGUGCACGCCUCGCCGUCGACCCUCGCACCCCAGCUUUUCCACCACGGCCCGCCGCCACGAUGCCGCCGACGACGUCGAGACACGCAAUGCGGCCACCAAGCCCGUUCGCAUCGUCAAGGAGUACACGCGCCAGGGCAAGCUCAUCCGGCAGCGCAGGGCGAAGCUGGGCAUGAAGCGCAUGGACGAAGACGCCGACAUCCUCGUCAUCAACGAAGCGCCCGAGCCCGAGGACCCGGAGAAGAAGCAGCCGGAGCCAUUCGAGCCCAUCUCGGUCCCGGACAUUCUCUCGUCGCUGCAGCAGGAGGGCGCGCCCGUCACCAACGAAGACGUUGCGCGGCAGCUCGACAGCCUGCGCCCGAUGCGCGGCAGCCCACACGAGCCGCACCAUGUCACCACCGCCGACUUUGUGAAGCUGGUGGCCGCCCUGACCCGUGGCUUCACAACAGCACAGCUGUCCCACUACUGCUCCGCCGCCAAGAGCAUCAAGCAGGACGCCCUGUUCAAGGUCGUCAAGGCCUCGGUCAAGGCUACCAAGCGCAGCGAAUGGCACCCCACCACCACGAGCAUCGAGAAGCGCCUGCCAGGCGUCGAGACGAUCAAGAAGCCCAAGCAAAAGGCCAAGGGUAUACGCAAGGCCACCUUGGUAGACAAGAUCCUCCGCGAUGUCUGGAAGCUCGAGCUGCUCGAGGAGAUGGAGGCGCCGGGAGAGCUGGAGCUCAGGUUGAAGGAAUGGGAGCUCAAUCUCCUCCACGCUGGAGCCAACGACAGCAACCUCGCGCGAAUUGCGAAAAUCAGAAACGCCAAAGUGGAGAUACACUGGCCCACCAACGUCCUCCGCAUCACCGCAGACAAGAACACGGCCGAGUACACCGCAAACGACGUUGAAGAAGCUCUCAGCAAGACCCACACGACAUCGCUCGAUUUGAAACGCUGGGCUGCCCAGCUCAACAUGCCCAGCUCACUGCCCAACAACGACCUGGCUGCCUCUCUCCCAGCCGAGUACGUGGCGUCCAUCACCGGCGCACACAUCUACCCGUCCGACCCAUUCACAUUGAAAAUCCACGGCUUGAACGAGACCUCGGUGGCCGAGGCAAAACGAACGCUCAUCAGACUCUUGCCUUUCAAGGAGUCUGCAACACGCACAAUCGACACGCAGAGACUAGAUGCAGCGAAGCAUGACAGCUACCUCCUGCCGACGUUCAACGAGACAAAGUCACUAGACUACGCCCAUCGAAGCCUCAGUCUGGGUCGCUGGGCGCUGCCCGUAACCCGCUCAGCAGACACCUUCUCACCCGAAGAGCACGGGACAUCUCAAGAAGAGAUCAAACUCAAGUCGAGACUUGACCAGAGCACACACGGUCUUAUCAAUCGAGUCGUGUCUUUCAUGCGACCGCCCGUUGACGGAAGCUUUACGGGCUCGGAAUCGGCUCCUCAGAACAGACGGACGGGCUAUUGGGCGUUGGAGCCCGAGUACAAGGUCUCGGCUGAUUUUGGCCAGGCUCUCUUUCCCCUAGAGUACGCUGACCCCAACAAGGUGGUUGAGGCUGCUGCAGACUCUGCCCGCUCGCCGUUUCAACCUGCAAUUCCCGGUCUAGGAAGCCUAUUGGCUUCUUCGGAAUUCCAGAACCUUUCGCGCACAGAGACACCCGCUUUACUAUACGAGUUCAUCCCUUCGCCUGAUCAGAAAGUCUUCGAGACGGAGACGAGUCUCAAACAGAUUGGUCCAACCUUUCCAAAGCUUCACGUGCAAGUCCGCACCGGCAGAGACGGCAACCGACCUACCAUCCACAAGCUCAGUCUCGGUUUCCAGGAGCGUGUACAUGAUGUUCUGCUACCGGACCAAGCAGCGGACAUCCGCUUCUACCGAUAUGGACGGCUGAGAUUCAGCAGUAAGAGCCACCACGAUAAGAACGUCGAGGAGUGGUCUGAAGCAGUGCGCCAGAACAUCGAGAGCGGCGGACGUCUCUCUGCACCGUCACUCACAAUCGACAUCCCCAAAUGGACCAUUCCUGGCUACCCUUCUGACGCCACGGGAAUGCUGCCAAUCAAGUACCUCUUCUCCGGCAUCCAGUUCCGACAGAGCGUUACGGGUAGACUGCUGGAUACGCAGAUCUCCUACAGCACAAUGCAAUCUGGUAAGCUGGGUGCCAGGGGUGGUGCGCUGAGUGCAUAUAGUCCCAAUCUCAAGGACGAUCAGUACGAAGCACAGAUUCGAGAAUUUGCAACAAAGUGCGUGCAGAUGGUGGACUACAUCACCCAAGCCGGCGCACAAACACAGCCACUCAGGCAGAUGAGACUGCCAAGGAACGACCACAGUGCAAGAAAGCAGCGGCGAGCAGCUCUUUUAGAAGGCGAAGACCCGCUCCUGACGCACAAGCAGGAGCAGACACGGGGUCAAUACCGCGACCAGAGAUCGAAUACUGCCAAAACUAUCGAGGACUUGCAGGACCAGGACCAAGUCGAUACCUACGACCAGACGCAAACCUCUCUCAACGAUCAAGAUGAUGCCCGUCUUGCAUCGCGACUCGAUGAGGACGCGCCGCCCAGCGAGGCAAACAGCGCUGCCGACGAGGCGCAGUCCGAAGCAGAGGAAGACAAGCUCAACGCGAGGGAAAUACUGCAAAGCCAAGAGGCCGAUGCACUUCUCAACGAUUUAUUCGGCGACGAUGCAGUCGAAGAGCGAACUAAUGAGACGGAUGAGAGUGAUGUGCUGCUGAAGGACAGAUGA